AUGCGCUGCAGGAGGCGCGCCACAGGAAGCGGAGACGCGGUGAGGCGUGGGGUGCUCAUAUCCUUAUUUUCCAUGCCAGAUCUUGAGGACAAUAUAUGCAAAAGAUACAUGAAGAUGAUAACUAAUAUCGUUAUAUUGAGCCUGAUCAUUUGCAUUUCUUUAGCUUUCUGGAUUAUGUCAAUGACUGCAAGCACCUAUUAUGGUAACUUCCGGCCUAUUUCUCCUUGGCGUUGGCUGUUUUCUGUUGUUGUUCCUGUUUUGAUUGUUUCUAAUGGCUUUAAAAAGAAAAGCCUAGAUCACAGUGGAGCUUUAGGAGGGUUAGUGGUUGGAUUUAUUCUAACUAUUGCAAAUUUCAGCUUUUUUACCUCUUUGCUGAUGUUUUUCCUUUCUUCUUCAAAACUCACUAAAUGGAAGGGAGAAACGAAGAAGCGUCUAGAUUCAGAAUAUAAAGAAGGAGGACAAAGGAAUUGGGUUCAGGUGUUCUGUAAUGGAGCAGUGCCCACAGAACUGGCUCUGCUGUACAUGAUAGAAAAUGGCCCUGGAGAAAUCCCCAUCGAUUUUUCUAAGCAAUAUACUGCUUCCUGGAUGUGUUUGUCUCUCUUGGCUGCACUGGCCUGCUCUGCUGGAGAUACAUGGGCUUCAGAAGUUGGCACGGUUCUGAGUAAAAGCCCACCACGGCUGAUAACAACUUGGGAGAAAGUUCCAGUUGGGACCAAUGGAGGAGUUACAAUGGUGGGCCUUGCUUCCAGCCUCCUUGGUGGUACCUUUGUGGGCAUUGCAUAUUUCCUCACGCAGUUGGUUUUUGUGAACGAUCUAGACAUUUCUGCUCCCCAGUGGCCAAUUAUUGCCUUUGGUGGUCUAGCUGGAUUACUCGGAUCAGUUGUAGACUCAUACUUAGGGGCUACAAUGCAGUUUACAGGUUUGGAUGAAAGCACUGGCAUGGUGGUCAACAGCCCAACGGAGGAGGCCACGUACAUAGCAGGGAAGCCCAUUCUGGAUAACAACGCGGUGAAUCUCUUUUCUUCUGUUCUUGUAGCCCUCUUGCUUCCAACCGCUGCUUGUGGCUUUUGGCCCAGAGAGUGAACUUUAUUUCAUUUUCACAGAUUGAAUUGCUGUUUCAUACAUAGGAUGCUGGCUGCAGAAAUGCCCACUCCAUCCAACUGGAUAAAGGUCUAGUGUAGAGAAGAAACAUAUGAAAUAUCACAUGCUGACAAUACCUACAGCUACUUCCUGUUAUGCACUGUGGGCAUGCUGAGGCCCAGUCAUCUGAUCUGCCUGAUAUUUGGUCUUUUAUUCUCAGUACCAUCAUAGUGAAUGAACUCUACUAGACACCAAAUCCCAGGUGAAUUGUGCAUGCUAUAGAAGUGAAAACAGGUCUAACUCCUUGGCACAGUGAUAAUGUACUACUUAAGAAAAGCCAGAUCCCACAUGGUGAUCGUGGUUUAAAACACCAGUCCAGUCACCCUAAAACACGCCAGCCACAUGCACAAGUGCCCAAGAUCCAAUGGACUAAAGGAUCAGAGGAAGGGCAUCAUGGCAUGACCAGAUCCUGUAAAGCAGCAGUCCCCAACAUUCCUGGCACCAGGGACUAGCCUCAUGGAGGACAGUCCCUCCACAGACAUUGGGUUAUGGGGAAGAUGGGUUGGUCCCGGGAUGAUCCAAGCACACUACAUCUACCGUGUACCCCAUUUCCACCACUUCCAUGUUGCAGUAUACAAAGAAACAACUACACGACCAUAGGGUUUGUGCGAUCAUGAACAUCCAAUACUGCCACUGUCUUAACAGAAGGCAGAGCCCAGGCAGCAGUGGAGGCAAUGGGGAGUGGCUGCAAACACAGACCAAGCCUUGUUCAGUGGCGUGCUGCCCACCCUCCCUGUGCAGCCUAGCAGACCAGCACCAAUCAGCAGUCCAGGGGUUGGGAACCCCUGUUCAGCUCUUUCUUUCAUUCUCAUUUCCUCACUCUCACAUGUGCGUGUCUGCUGUCUAUCAUUUAUUAGUAAAUAAAUAAAUAAGAAAACAUACUUAGGUUUAUUUAAUCGUAUAGAGCAUCUGUUGCUAUAACUCCAAGUGGUCCUAAAUAUUUAAAAACUAUAUGUGUUAUAUAUGUGUGUGUUAAGUUGUCUCAUUCAAUGUUUCCUUUCAGAGUCACUGAAAGUUGAUUAUCAGAAACGUAUUUCUAGAGUGGAAUAAAAAAUAAAAAACCAGUUUGACCACCUGAA